AUGGCAAAAACAAUCAGAGUAAUUGGAUGUGCUGGAGUCACAGCGAUGCUAAUUUUGCUGCUGCCACUUUGCCUGCUCCGCAAUGACAGGCCAGCGAACACUGAGGGUCACAACUCGAAUAGAUCACAUCAGGUGGUGGUCAGCAGCAGCACUCCUCUUUCUCCUCCUUCCACUUCUUUAUUGGGUGCGCCAGCCAACGAUUCGUGGCGCCAGCAGAUGCUGCGACUGCAUCGACAGAAGCGCUAUCUGCUCUUCCCGGAGGGCAGCUCGUUCCAGCUUGUGUUCGACAUAAUCAUACCCAUUGUGGGGUACACGAACUACGCCAUCCUGGGCAUCACAUGUGCCGUGGCCUGGGAGCUGCCCAGCAAGGCGCCCAGCGAGCUGAUUGAAAACGUGCUCACUCGCAUCAAUGACGGCACCAUCGGAACUGUCCGUCGCAAUGGCAGUGCCCCCGACCCAGACCCCGUUCCGUAUCCCAAUCGAAGCCCUGCUAAUUGGCAGCCAGUGCACGCACCAACGGCAGUGCCGCGGCCACCAGAUCGUCCAGCAUAUACAGCCAAUAGCCACGGCUCCUACUACACGAACAUCCUGCGCUCCGGUUCGACGGCAGCGGCGGCGACGGCGGCAGCCACUUCUGCAUAUGCAAAUGCGAAUGGGAAUGCAAAUGCAAAUGGACAGCAGGCGACGUGGCCGGGUCCGGCUAAUUGGCAUGCGCGACAGUCGGUCCAGAAGUGGCAGCAACCGCGAACGGGAGACGGAACAGCAGACCCAACACCGCCGGACAAUUGGUGGCGGCGCAACAAGGACCGGCUGCAGCAGAAUUGGCGUGAAAAGCAACGCAUAUGGACGGACCAGCCAAAGUGGGACAUCGACUACAGUCAACGUCCUCGACGUUUGCUGAAAUCCCCGCCUCAGCAUCACAUUUAUCCUGUUUUCGGCAAGCGACGGCGACGACGACGACGACGUGGGGAGAGCGAGAGCCUGGAGCUGGAUCCCCACUUUGAGCGUCUCCAUUUGCAGCAGCAUCUCAGCUCUAGGCAGCUGCUCUUUGGCAAAAUCGAACGGCUAUACAGGGCUCGGCAACUCAAUGGCACGGCCUGUGUGCUUCGAGCUCUUUGUGAGUCUGCCCAGCGCCAGCAGCAAUCAGGCGGUGGCAAUGGCAGGAAGGCCGCUCAACCGCAGAGCUUUAUCAUGGAACUGCUGUCGGCCAUCUUUCAGCUGCCUGCCAGCGAUGAUGGGCAGGAGGUCGACUCAUUGGCACUCGAGCACAUUUCGCCACAUUACCUGGAGGCACAUCGCCAGCAGGGCAACUGUUUGGAACACUACAGCGAUUGUCAACACGCAUUUUGGAUGGCUUAAGGUGGAAAAGAUAAUAAAAAUUGCUAAAGAAAAUUAUGGAA